GGUACAGGCAUUUUAGGAGUACAGGCGUCAACAUCAGGAGUUAACAAUCAGGAUCUUUAUUCACUCACUACCGGUUGAACAGGUUCUUCCGACAAGUCGUUUUCAAAUAUCAAUUCAAUAUACACAAUGGUUAUUGCCAAAAAAUUCGUGAUUAAUAAAUACUUUGAAGGGGAGCCCAAGCGAUCAGAUUUAAGUCUGGUCGAGGAGGAAAUACCUGAACUGGAAGAUGGAGAAUUUCUUAUUGAAGCAGAGUACUUAUCUGUUGACCCAUAUAUGUGGCCGUACGUAUAUCACGUACCGCUGGGAAGCACAAUGAUUGGAUCUCAAAUUGGUAAAAUUAUACAAACAAAAAACUCAAAAUUUCGAGUCGGUGAGUACAUCUUUGCCAAUGUUGGCUGGCGGACACAUACCGUGGUUAAUGAAGAUGACGGGGGAGUCUUCGAACAGACUCCCUACAUCAUGCCUGAUAUCGAAGACUUACCCCGGUCUCUUGGUUUGGGGACACUGGGCCUGACAGGGAACGCCGCGUAUUUCGGAUUGGUGGAAAUUUGUUUUCCAAACUCUGGGGAAACAUUGGUUGUAAGCGGUGCAGGUGGUGCAGUUGGAUCUCAUGCAGGACAGGUGGGCAAAAUGCUUGGAAUGACCGUAAUUGGAAUUACGGGUUCUGAUGCAAAGUGUAAAUGGAUUAAAGAGGAACUUGGAUUUGAUCAUGCUAUCAAUUACAAAACCCAAGAUGUUGCUGCAGUUCUAAAGGAAAUUGCUCCGAACAAAAUUGAUUGCUACUUUGACAAUGUCGGAGGAGAAAUUUCUACCAUUGUGCUCAGUCAAAUGAAUCUGUUAGGCCGUGUUGCCUUAUGUGGAUGUAUUUCCAGUUACGAUGGGGAUCCCAAAAUAUUGCCUAAGGGUACUAACAUUCAGCCACUAAUUCUAUCUGCUCAAUUGAAAGUGGAGGGAUUUUUAGCUAUGCGUUGGAUGAACCGAUGGGCGGAGGGUUUUGAUCAGAAUCUUGAAUGGAUAAGGCAGAAUAAAAUAAAGUAUCACGAAACGGUCACUGAAGGGUUUGAGAAUAUGUUUGAUGCAUUUAUUGGGAUGUUGCAAGGAAAUAGCAUGGGAAAGGCUGUAGUUAAAGUUUAAGAUUCAAUUCCACCUGCAUUUAUAUUGUCAGACGCAAUAAAGUCCGGCUAACUUUAAGAAUACGUACAAAAAUAAGAUAUUCUAUAUGUACCCUAUGAUGUUUCUAUAACA